AUGACUUCUCACGCCGUUGCAGCGCAGUCGCUUACUCCUGCUGCGAUCCAAGCCGCCUACGGCUUGAUCAAGCCCCAUGUGCAUCGUACGCCAUUACUGACCUGCCAAACCCUCGACACUAUCGCGUCAACCCCGCAGUCGCCCGAGGCGCUAGUUGGGACUCCCUUUGAGGGCCAGACCCCAGCACACCCGCAGUUCCGACUGUUUUUCAAGUGCGAAAACCUCCAGCGAAUUGGCGCUUUCAAAGUGCGCGGCGCUUUCCAUGCGUUGCUGCGUCUGUUAGAGGAGCGCGGGGAGGACGAGGUGAAACAGCGCGGGGUGAUCACGCACAGCUCAGGAAACCAUGCGCAAGCUCUUGCCCUGGCCGCUUCGACUCUACACGUCCCCGCCUAUAUCGUGAUGCCGCGCAUCAGCACGUCAUCUAAGAUCGCCGGCACGCGCUCGUACGGCGCCGAAGUGAUUUUCAGUGGAUCGACAAGCGUGGAACGAGAGGCUGUUGUGGCCGAGGUCCAAGAAAAGACGAAUGCCAUACUGGUGCCGCCAUAUGACCACUUCAAUAUCAUUUGCGGGCAAGGGACGACGGCGCUGGAGCUAGAAGCACAGUAUGCAGAGCGAGUCGAGUCCAAGACCCUCGAUGCAGUCAUCACCCCCGUCGGUGGAGGUGGGCUCAACGCUGGGGUGGCGACGUAUUUCUCGGAUAAGCCUCAAACUCGAGUGUUUGGCGCAGAGCCCAGCUUCGAGGGGGCAGAUGACUGCCGGCGCGGACUGCAGGCCGGGCAGCGCGUGGAGGCAGUCACGACCUUGACCAUCGCGGAUGGGCUGCGUACCCCCGUGGGUUUGCUGAAUUGGGAGGUGAUUUCGAACAAGGAAAAGGUGGAAGGGGUGUUCGCUGUGAGCGAGGAGCAAAUCAAGGCGGCUAUGCGGCUAGUACUGGAACGCAUGAAGGUGGUUGUCGAGCCGAGUGCAGUGGUUGGGCUGGCCGUCUGUCUCUUCGACGAGGAUUUCCGACGCCGAGUCGAGCAAGACGGCGGCGAGAAGGGCUGGGACGUUGCGGUUGUAUUCAGCGGUGGCAACACGACAGUGGAAGCCAUCGGAAAGCUGUUUGGAUAA